UCCACACCAUUGCUUUGACCAAUUUCCAUCACCGAAAUAACAUGGCUGAUGUCGCGGCUGCUGCUCCGAAUGCUACCCACAACGAAGCUCGCGAAGCAGCACUCGCUUAUCUUAACACCAGACUCGCCAGCGGAGCAAGCAGCAAAAUCAAUCGACCUUUCACAGUUCCCGAAAUAAAUAUAGCACCCUCAUUCUCGGACCAUGUCGACGAUCGCAAAGCUGUAGCGGCCCUCAUUGGCGCCGCUUGCACGACCAGCGGAUUCUUUCACAUCACCGGCCACGGCGUCUCCGACUCAGCCCGCCAAGGAAUCCUCAAAUGUGCCAGAAGAUUCGCCAAAGACCUACCUCGCGAGAAGAAAGAAACACUCCACGUCCGACACUCGCAUUACUUCCGUGGAUGGGAGCCAGCAGAUUAUACCUACGUGAACCCCGGCGACUGGGGCUCCGAGCUUGCGGCGCCGGAAACAAAAGACGGCUUUAAUUGGGGUUACGAAGCAGGACUGGACCCGACGGGUGGUGAUGGAAAGUAUCGUGAGUUGGACGGCGCUGAUGUGAACGGGAACGUGUGGCCAAGUGAGGACGAUCUGCCGGGAUUCUACGAGGAUGUCAAGGCGUACUAUAGCGAAGUCUUGCAACUAGCACGACAUCUCUUUCGCCUCUUCGCUCUGUCGUUAGGCCUGCCAGAAGACUAUUUCGACGCCAUGACGACUCACCCGGGAGGCAUCGCACGUCUACUUUACUACCCUCCCUCGCACGAUCCGCGGCCUCUGAGUUCAAAGCAGAAAGAUAAGGAGAUCGGACUCGGCGCCCACAGUGACUAUGAGUGCUUUACAAUCUUGCUGACGUCCACUGCGUCCGGACUGGAAAUCUUGUCGCCGGACAACGAGUGGGUCGCGGCACCUGCUGCCAAAGACAGCUUCAUCAUCAAUGUGGGAGACUUUCUGAUGAGGUGGACCAAUGGAGUCUUUCAGUCGACUGUCCAUCGGGUCGUGAAUCGUACGAGGGAGGAGCGUUACAGUGUACCGUUCUUCUUUAGUGUGAAUUAUGAUGAGCUUGUCGAGACUCUACCGAGCUGCGUGUCGGCAGAGAACCCAUCGAAGUAUCCUCCCAUCCGCGCCGGCGAAUAUGUGUUGGAACGACUCAGGGCAACUGCCAAGGAUGGAUGA